AUGUCGAGCUCGCAUUUACCCUGUAGCGACCCCUAUAUUUACCCUAGAACACGGGGUGCCCCCGAGAUCGUGUCACUGGAAGUAGGGAGUGGUAGCGAUACCGAAGUGCUCGAAGCGCCUCUAAGGUGCCUGCGCCUUAUAUCAUACUACUUCAAUGAUCAUCUACACGGAACAUCAGAGUUUUUCAUCGUUCCCAAUAGCUCGCCCAGUCUCUUCCGCAUCUUUCUGAAAUUCCUCGAAACCGGUAACCUCUAUCGUCUGGACUCAGAUGAGACGACGAACCGACGUUUCUCUUUCGGCACACUGAUCGACAUUUUUGAAUUCGCGAAAGACUUUGAGAUCGAUACACUUCGCAACGCAGCCUUGAACGAGUUCUUCCUCCGCAUUUUCGACAAUCCAGAUCGACUGCCGUACAAGUAUAUCUCAGAUAUAUACGAGGCCACCAGCUCGGACUCAUCUCUUCGAAGUCUCAUCGUCGAUGUCAUCGUGUAUAUUGGAACGAAGCAGGAAAUGAAAGAAUGGAAGGAUGACCUCCCAAAAGAAUUCAUGAUGAAUUGCUUGACCGCCGCAAACGAGGAUGAGAUUGUGCCGUUCUCGGGAGACCGGUCCGAAGUCGAAGUCAUGGAAUGGCUGAACGAGAUGAAAGGGAAGCUGUGUUACUUGUUCCACGUUCACGACCUCGAGCCGGAGCCGGAAUCGCCUCAAAUGAGAACUUUCGUAAAGAACAGGAAAUCGAGGUUGGGGAAAAGGGCGAGAAGGAGGCAGGAGGAGGAGAGAGCUCGCGAAGACUCAGAUGAAGAGGGAGAGAUAGACACAGAGAGACAAAAGUUAGCUGAUGAUGACGCUGCCGAGAGAAUGAGGUACCUGAUGGAACCUUUGCCUGCCAGGGCGAGGUAUUAG